CGGUGAUUCAGAGAACUGUGCGUGUUGUGGAGAGCAUCUCAGAUGAGUAAACAUUUGCAUUACAUCUGCUGAAUACCAUCGCACCAUAUUUGGACAGCUGGAGAUACAGACACAGAACUGAGCUUUCUAACAAAUGAUGCGGGACAAGAUCUUGACGGUUUUUGCGCUAGCUUGGCUUUAUUCUUCUGGAGGAUGUGGACAAACUGACAUUAAAGUUCCCUGUGAUGAUAAACGUGUGGAGGAUGUUGUGAAUUUAACUCUUUCCACACAUAAUAAGAUAUUAACUGAAGGUGCUCAACUUGCUCUCUAUGAAAUCCUGGAGGCUACAAAGGCUCAGAAUGAAUCGGCAGAAGUUGUGUUCGUACGGUUCACAAGCAGAGAGACAGAUUGUCCUGCAGGAGGAGACAAGGUUUGGCAUGAAUGUGACUAUCUGCAACAAGCGGAUAAGGCACUCAGAUUCUGUCAUGCGAAAGUCCUGUUCACAGAAGCCGAUCAAGAGUUACUGCUACAUGACUGUUCAGCUGAGCCAGCUGCUUCCUCUAAAGUCGCCCCGUGUCUGGGCUGCCCUGAAAAGAUCGAUUUACAUCAUGAAGAACUGAGGGAACCGCUCAUGCAUUCUUUGUCGAAAGCCAAUGGCCUGAUCAAUCACAUGCAUUUCUUCAUUUUUAAGGACUUGACAUCGGCAACAAAACAGGUGGUUGCUGGAUUCAGGUAUAAAUUGCAGUUUGAGGUUGAGAAGAGCAACUGCACCAGACCAGAAUUCAAAGCGGUUACUGAGGAGUGCCACCCAAUGCAGGAAAAUACGGAGGUUUUGCAGUGUAACUCUACUGUGGAUGUGGCUCCGUGGAGGCAUGAGGGCCCAGAAGUGCAUGUUGAAUGUCAGACAGUGAUUGUUAAGAGUGUCGGAAGAUUUAAACGGCCACCAGGCUGGUCUCCUAUUAGGAUCAUGCCUGAGAAACAAUCGAGUCCAAAGAAGCAAGUCAAAGAAUCCUCUGAGGAAACCAUGGAUAGCAUCGGCACGGCCCAAAGCUCAACGCUCAACUGUCCCACCAAACCCUGGAAAGAGUUCAAGCCGCUCGUUGUCAGCAAUACUCCUUCCAACACUACAGAGUCUUCACAGCCGGACAUGAGCGCAGCAGACACUGCGUUCAACGACCAGGAUCUGAUGAGCUGAGCGGCCUGUGUGUGUGUUUAAACCAUUACCUAAAGAAGAACCAAAGGAAAUUCAACUACCAUACUUAUAAUGUGAUUCAUGAUGUUAAUCAUUCAUUUAUUUGUGGAUUCUACAAUAAUUCACAGUACACUGUCUCAUAUUAAACAAUAAAGACCAAGAUACUGGUGGAA